GACUUAUUACUAACCAGUUCAGUUUCGAAUGUCAGGAAUUUAGUUCAACUCCAUUGUUUUUCACCAGUUCAUCUAAAGUAUUGUCUCUUUAAAAAUAGUGGUUCAAAUAAUUUUGGUUUCAAACCCUAACAUUAUUAAAGAUGCCGACCAUUCAAUAUGAUGUUAAACUUGACUUCAAGGAUGUUCUCUUACGACCCAAGCGAAGUACUUUAAAAAGUAGAUCAGAGGUUGACUUGAAUCGUUGCAUUAAAUUCAAAAAUUCUAACCAAGAAUUUACUGGCGUACCCAUCAUAGCAGCUAAUAUGGACACUAUUGGAACAUUUGAUAUGGCUGUAGCCUUGAAUAAGCAUAAUCUACUUACAACUAUCCAUAAACAUUAUUCAGUGGAAGAAUGGAAAUCAUUUGCUAAUCAACAUCCUGAUGCUAUUAAGAAUAUCGCUGUUAGCUCUGGAAUUGGAGAGUCAGAUUUCACCAAUUUGAAAGCAAUCCUCACAGAAGUUCCCACCAUACCUUUCAUUUGUUUAGAUGUUGCCAAUGGUUAUUCAGAGUUUUUCGUUGACUUUGUUAAACAAGUUCGAUCAAAUUUUCCCGAUCGCACAAUUAUGGCGGGUAAUGUGGUAACAGACGAAAUGGUUGAAGAGCUUAUUCUUGCUGGAGCUGAUAUAAUUAAAGUUGGCAUUGGUCCAGGCUCAGUCUGUACAACUCGUAAAAAGACGGGUGUAGGUUACCCCCAAUUAAGCGCUGUUCUUGAAUGUGCAGAUGCAGCACAUGGUCUAGGCGGCCAUAUUAUAUCGGAUGGAGGCUGUACAUGUCCAGGUGACAUUUGUAAAGCUUUUGGUGCUGGAGCUGAUUUUGUUAUGUUGGGUGGCAUGCUGUCUGGACACACUGAAUGUGGCGGUGAGACCAUUGAAAAAAAUGGCAAAAAAUACAAAAAAUUUUAUGGCAUGAGUUCAGCAACAGCAAUGAAUAAGCAUCAUGGAGGAGUCGCUGAGUAUCGAGCCUCGGAAGGUAAAACUGUUGAAGUUCCAUUCCGUGGGGAUGUUGACCAGACAAUUUUAGACAUUCUUGGUGGCCUCAGAUCUGCAUGCACGUAUACUGGAUCAGCUAAGCUUAAGGAACUUCCUCGUCGAACCACGUUUAUUCGAGUAACUCAACAAACCAAUGAAAUUUUCCACCAACUCGAAGUUAAUUAAUAAUCAAACCGUUUGUUAAAUCUGGCAAUUUGUCCGCGUUAAGCGAAAUAUUUUGAAAAAUCUAAAUAGUAUCAUUUUUAGUCGAUUAAACAUAGGAUUUUCUGAUUAUUAAACAAAAGUUUGCCUUUAAAAA